ACUUUCUUCUCAAAGUCCUGAUAAAAGAGAAGUAUUCGUUCUCAAGGUGACAAAGUAAAAGCAAAAUUUUCUGCUAAAGAGGAAGUAGUAACAGUUGUAGAGUAGGGGUCCUUGUACAAUAGCCAAAGGUGAAAACAUUUGGGAACAGCUUGGUUUUUUCACUUUUGUGUUGGAAGAAUUUCUGGGUCCAUAUGGGUUUUGUACUUGAGAGAUUUUGCAACUAAUGGACAGCUAAUUUACUGAUGGGUAUUUGUUGGGUUGCUCCUUUAGCUUUUGGUUGUGGUGGGUUUUGUGGGAAUUUUGUUGCUUUGUUUGGUUUGGCAUUGUAAAAUGAUUCGGUUUUCAUGCAUGGACACUGUGGUCUUUACCCGUUCGACGAAAUGUCCCUGACGGAGAGAAGAAGCAAAGUUAUAGCAUAUUUGCAAUGGUGUUGUAGCUUUCUCGGUGACACGGGUCUUGGGUUUUGUUGUGGUUUACACGGAGAGUGGCUUUUGGGGAUUGUCUUUGUUCCCAAGCUGAUUACGGGCAUUUCCAGUUCAUGUGGGGUUUCGAGGUUUUUACACAGCAUAACAUAGAAGUAUGAUCUUGACCUCCAUUAUUUAACUAGAUUUGUGUGAUAUUUUGUGCCAGAGUUUCUUCAGAUUUCAGUUCAAUUUUGUAUUGAUUUUGCUAUUGGUGGAUCUCAAACUUCAACGGUAUAAAAAUACCAUAUACCAUUUAGCAUAUAUCAAGUUUGGAACUUGAAGCUUUAAAGAACCACAAGAGGUCCUGGAGAUAAUGAAUCUUUAUAAGCUUUAAAAAAGGGAAAACAGAGAGACAGAGUAAUCAGACACAGAAAGAUAAAGAAAUAAUGGAGGGUGUGGUGUAGUCAGAUUUGUGCUUGUGGCUUUGUGAGUGUUUCUGGUUUUGGGAAUUAUUUAGUAUAGAGAGUCUGUUGGCUAUGUCUCCCCAGCUGACUGGCUGCGCCCGGUCUCCGUGGGCUUUGCCGCCGACCAAGGAAACAACUUCUUCCUUGGCUCUCUGGCCAUUCAAGGGAACCUUUGCUUAAAAUAUUACUCAAACCCCAUCUUGCCAGUUUCCUACUUCUCUCUCUUACUCAGACUCCCCGCCUCGAUUGCUGUCAAGAUUCGGUCAUACCCUUGGCAUAUAUCCUUCCCCUUCUUUUGGAUCCUUCUUUAGCCCCUUGAAUCCCAGAAAGUCGGUCCCCACAGCUGGGGUAUUCUUCUUACUAUUUCCGGUAAUUUUUUCCUUGGUCAGCUUAUUUUUCAUCAGGGAUGUGAAGUGUUGAGUGUCAGGUGCUUGAUUGAGAGGUACCAGUUGAGCAGCUGAGAGAAAUAUUUUUUAGAUUCAGAGAAGGUGAAGAAGAUCUUUUGUUUGCCAAGAUGAAGUUUAUGAAACUUGGGUCGAAGCCGGAUACCUUUCACAAUGAGGGGAAUAACGUUAGGUGAGAUCAUUUAGACCCUUAUUUGUUUUCUCUCUUUUGUUCUCUUGCUGAACAGUUGUCAGUGCACACGGCUUGUAAGCUGUAGUUCCCCGUUCUAAGGAGAUGGAUUCGAAUCUCUCUCCCCCCAAUAUCAAAAAAGAAACAGCAGUCAGCAACUAGUAUUGCCACUGUGGUGUUAGAUGCAUUUGAAAUUUCUUUGACAGGGCAUUACUGAUGAUUUCCCCCCUCUUUGGAUGAAUUAUAUGUUUAUUUAAGCUGGAUAUAUUGCUUACUGUCUUUGUUGAUAAUUAAGUUGUACGAAAUUUUAGUCUUCUCUGAAAGAAAAUCUUAAGUUUUUU